AUGGUAGACGAGUUCAAAUAUCUGGGCAUUACUCUUGACAGUUCACUCAGAUACAAGACUCAUAUCAGAGAGCAGACGGCUAAGGCCAUAAGAACGCUGUACCAAUGUAAAAGGGCAGUAGGGAAGAACUGGGGACUAAAGCCGAGUAUGAUCCACUGGAUUUACAAAGCCAUUAUCACACCCAGGGUGCUAUAUGGGGCGGUGAUCUGGUGGCACAGGACCCAUAUUGGAGAAUAUCGGAAGAAUCUGACAAAAGUACAAAGACUAGCCUGCCUCAUGAUGACGGGGGCUAUGAGAACCACCCCGACACAUGCUAUGGAGGUGCUGUUAGGCUUAAAGCCCCUCUGGAUUGAGGCAGAGAAGAGAGCCAUGGAACAGUGGUACAGAAUAAAAGCAUGCAAGGAAUGGAGAGGAAGUUGCGUGGACAAGAGACACGCACUGAUACAAAGAGAGGCACUAUCGAAGCUAGAAAUGCUGAUGGUCAAUAAUGACCUCAUAAAGAGGGAGGAGAUUUUCGAUAAGAAGUAUAGAGUACAUAUAGGAGAAAGAGACAACUGGAAGGUAGAGGUCGGGCACCCAACGACUAUAUGCUUCACAGAUGGCUCCAGGAGAAGCUCUACAAAGCUAGCAGGGGCGGGAAUAGUAAUCCCGAAACUAGGAGAAAAGGUGUCGAUACCACUAGGGAGAUACACUAGCGUGUUCCAAGCAGAGGUAUGUGCAAUAGCGCGCUGUGCACGUAUAUUAAAAGAAAGCGAUAAACAAGAUGGAGCCGUGGUCAUAUACACCGACAGUCAAGCGGCACUAAAGGCUCUGAAGAGAACAUCGGUGACCUCGUCCCUGGUGAGAGAAUGCAGGGAAGAGCUCAACUCGAUAGGCAAGCAUAGAAGUGUAACGGUUGCGUGGGUACCGGGACACCAGGGAGUCACAGGUAAUGAGAAAGCGGACGAGCUGGCAAGGGCGGGGGCGGAGACGGAAUUCUUGGGUCCGGAACCGGCUCUGCCUAUGUCAGCUGACGUCACGAAAGGAGUCAUUGAGAGGAUAAAAGAGAUGGAAGCACAAAGAGCCUGGGAAAGAGAGACCAGUUGCAGACAAACGAAGAUGAUGAUAGAAGUGUAA